CAGCGCGGUGCACGCCUGGGCGGGGAGGGGCGGGGCGGGCCGCGCUUCCUCUGAAGCGGCGGCUGCGACGCCGCUGCUGGGCCCAAAAUGGACCUCCCGGAGCUGCCGGCCGCCCCAACUGCGCGCGGAGCCCAACAUGGCGGAGGCCCCGGCCGUCUCCGCCGAGGCCCGCCGCCGCCCAGCUCGGGCCCUGCGCGCCGCCGUUUGCUGCUGCUGCGGAGCUCCGAAGAUGGCGGGCCGGGGCCGCGGCGCGGGGAGGCCCGGGCGGCGGCGGUGGGCCCCGAGCCGAGCCCGUCGCCCCCCGAGGACGGCGGCGACUCCUUCGUGGUGCUGCUGGAAGUGGCGCGCGGCACCGCGGCCGACGACCCCGGGCUGCGGGAGGCCGAGUCCUACUCUGGCGCGAGCCCCGCCAGCCGCCCGCAGCAGGGCCCCAGCGGCGCGGCCGCCGCCCCCGGGCCCUGCGCCGCCCUUUCGGGCACCGUCACCGUCAACAGCCAGGACCUGCUGGUGCGCUUCGACCACGGCGUCUUCACGCUGGCCGCCGCGCCGCCGCCCCCGGGCCCGCCGCCCCGCGGCCCGCCCGCGCCGCCCGGCAACGAGACCGCGAGCCCGACCGAGGGCCGCCGCGCGUCCCCGGGCCAGGGUGCGCCGGCCUACCGCUGCCCCGAGCCGCAGUGCGCGCUCUCCUUCGCCAAGAAGCACCAGCUGAAGGUGCACCUGCUGACGCACGGCGGCAGCCAGGGCCGGCGGCCCUUCAAGUGCCCGCUGGACGGCUGCGGCUGGGCCUUCACCACCUCCUACAAGCUCAAGCGGCACUUACAGUCUCACGACAAGCUGCGGCCCUUCGCCUGCACCGUGGGCGGCUGCGGCAAGAAGUUCACCACCGUGUACAACCUCAAGGCGCACGUGAAGGGCCACGAGCAGGAGAACUUGUUCAAGUGCGAAGUGUGCGCUGAGCUCUUCCCCACGCACGCCAAACUCAGCUCGCACCAGCGCAGCCACUUCGAGCCCGAGCGGCCGUACAAGUGUGACUUCCCCGGCUGUGAGAAGACGUUCAUCACAGUGAGUGCUCUGUUUUCCCAUAACCGAGCCCACUUCAGGGAACAAGAGCUCUUUUCUUGCUCCUUUCCUGGAUGCAGCAAACAAUACGACAAAGCCUGUCGCCUGAAAAUCCACCUGAGAAGCCACACAGGGGAACGACCUUUUAUUUGUGACUCCGACAGUUGUGGCUGGACCUUCACCAGCAUGUCUAAACUUCUAAGGCACAAAAGGAAGCACGAUGACGACCGCAGAUUCACCUGCCCUGUGGAAGGCUGUGGGAAGUCAUUCACGAGAGCAGAGCAUCUGAAAGGCCACAGCGUCACCCACCUGGGCACAAAGCCAUUUGAGUGCCCUGUGGAAGGGUGCUGUGCCCGGUUCUCCGCACGUAGCAGUCUCUACAUCCACUCCAAGAAGCACCUGCAGGACGUGGGUGCGCCGAAGAGCCGAUGCCCGGUCUCCAGCUGUAACAGACUCUUCACCUCCAAGCACAGCAUGAAGGCCCACGUGGGCAGACAGCACAGUCAGCGCCCAGAUCUCUACCCUCAGCUCGGAGGUCCGAGUGCCCUCACGCCCAGCAGUGGACUCAGCAGCCCAGGCCAAAGUGAGCUUAACAACAUAGACCUGGCUGCCCUCUUCUCUGGUGCACCUGGUGACAGUGGGGGUGUGGUGGGGGCCUCGGAGGAGGUGCUGGACUCCGGGGUCCUGACUAUUGACGUUACUUCUGUGAGCUCCCUGGCAGGGAACCUCCCUGCUAAUAAUGGCUCCCUAGGGUCUGCGGACCCGCUGGUCUUGGUGACCCAGGGUGACAUGCCUCCAAGCCUAGACAGCCCUCUUGUUUUUGGGACAGCAGCCACAGUUCUUCAGCAGAGCAGCUUCGGCAUGGAUGAUGUGCAGACCGUAAGCGCAGGAGCAUUGGGCUGUCUGGUGGCCCUGCCUGUGAAGAGCUUGAGUCAGGGUCUGCAGACUCUGGCCUCCAGCAGUAAUUUAGCUGCAAACCCCACCAUACUGACCCCUUCAAGCAGCCCCCCGGGCAGCACUAGUGCUCCAGAACUGCUGACUUCAAUCAAAGUGGAACCGGACUCACCCCCCAGCCCCAAGACUGUCAGGCAGCAAGAGCAAAGCAGAGGGGUGCCCCCAUCUGUGCUCUCCAGCCUCGAGAAGUACAGUCCCCAGGAGGACACCGGGCUCGGUGCCGGGACCGGCAGCUUCUAUUUGGAAAGUGGGGGCUCAGCAAGAACUGAUUCCCGAGCCAUUCAACUAGCCAAGGAAAAAAAGCAGAGAGGAGCUGGGAGCGACGCAGGUGAGGCUGUGUGUGCCGCAGCGCGGGCAGUGCGGGCGAAGCCACUGGGGCCGCCCUGAGGCAGGAGGCACGCAGCAUGGCUGUUAUUUAUGGUCUGAGUGCCCUUUCUGUCAACUCCUUAGCCUUACGUGAACUUAAGGGAAAAAAAUUGCCAAAUUCCCAGCAUCCAUGUGGACGUGACAGACUGACCUAAAAAUGCUGCAUGUAGGUUAGCUGUUACAGACUCCAGUGUCUGUUACCUGGUGGGCUGCUCAGGUAAAGAGCAAAGACAGGCAUCAGAGAGGGGGAGAGGGGGCCCGGUGCUUCCUGGCUGCUGGCACCCGACCUUGGCUUUGGAAAGACCGUGAGGAGGGGGCUGCCGCAGAGCUAGCCCCUGGGUGGUGUGUGGCAGUUUAGAUACCUAGUUCAAAGUUACAUUGAAAUCUCCUAAUUUUAAAAUAUCAGCAACUCCUUUGAUUUUUUACCAAACGUUUAAGUGGACUGAACAAGACCUGCUGGUUUGUGGCCUAGCGUAUCUGUCCUUCCUGAAAAUGGGAUAGUGGGACACGGCACUUACGGGAAACAGCAGCAAAUCCUUUUGUAAAGGUAACAGUGACUUCUUUUUAAUUUAUGUCUCAUUUUUCUUAUAUUUAUCUAAAAUUUAUUUUGAAUGUAUCAAGGGGUAUGUGUAGGAUUAGCAGUAUCUUUUUAUGUCUUUCUGUUCUUAAUAUUGUGGCUUCUCAUUUAAAAUAAUAAUUCCCUAUUGUCUGUGAAUCAGGUUUCUUAAAGCAACUGCUGCCCUGUAAUGAAUGUGUCCAUGUCAGUGCUUAUGGUGACUGAGGGAGGGUCACACCCCCAUGUGUGAUGUGGCCAUGUGGACUCUAAAGAGACAUAGAGCAUGUGGUGGUGGCAGCAGUCUGCAGGGCGGAGGGAACCAAAUGUUUUCAUUUAACCCAAUAGGUCAUUUCCACUUGAGGAGAGGGAAUACUGCAGACUUUCAGGUGUACCAUGUGAUACUGAUUGCUUGCUUUGGGGUAGCAUCUGUAGAGGUGGUUUUAUAUUUUUACUAUUGCUUUUCUGAACAUUUCAGCAUUAUCUUUAGAAAGAAUAAGGACACUUAAAAAACAUAACCAGGUAACUUGUCAACUCUUUAAAAAUUAAUGGUUUUCCUUAAAAUCUAGCAAGCGUUUAAAUAUUCACUUAUCUCAAAUGCUAUAAAUGUUCUUUUGUAACUGUUUGAGUCAGUAUCCAAAUAAGGCUCAUAUAUUACUAUUGGUGGAUAUGUUUGUUAAGUCUGUUUCACAUAUACCGGUUUCUGCAUUGCUGUCCUGUGAUUUGUUGGGGAGUCUGGGUGGUUUGUCACGUUGGCCUGUCUGGACUUUGCUGGGUGCAUCACUGGUGUCGUUGAACAAGUUCCUCUGUCUUCCAUGUUUCCUGUAAAUUAGUAAUAACAUCUAGAGACUUGAUCUGACUGAAAUUUGAUUCUGUGUGGAUGUGUGUGGGAGGUUAGCAAAAGUCAUUUGCAGGUGGUGGGGGCUCUUUCAGAAGGUCCUGAUGUCUCGUGGUCAGUCUGUCUGUCCUGUGUUGUUAGGAGCCGUUGAUGACCAGUGACUUGAUCUAUAAUUCCUUCGGGGUUGCAGAAGGAUGAUGUUCUGUCAUUCCUUUCUCAUCACUAGCUAGAAGAUUUCUGUAAAGAGCAACUUCUCCAUUCUCUACACUGCAACAUAGUUCUUACAGGAAAGUCAGGAUAAAUGUCUGAGUCCUUUUCUUUAUCAGUUUGCAAAAUGAGGAGCCAGUUUCUUAGCAGCCUGCAAUGACAGUCAAAAUAUAUAUAUUUUUUAUUUUGUUAUUAUUAAUCUACAAUUACAUGAAGAACAUUGUUUACUAGGUCCCCCCUUCACCUAGUCCCCCCACAAACCCCAUUAUAGUCACUGUCCAUCAGCGUAGUAAGAUGUUGUAGAAUCACUACUUGUCUUCUCUGUGUUGCACAGCCCUCCCCGUGCCCCCCCCCACAUUAUACAUGCUAAUCGUAAUACCCCCUUUCUUUUUCGCCGCCCUUAUCCCUCACUUCUCUCCCAUCCUCCCCAGUCCCCUUCCCUUUGGUAACCGUUAGUCCAUUCUUGGGUUCUGUGAUUCUGCUGCUGUUUUGGUUCCUUCAGUUUUUCUUUGUUCUUAUACUCCACAUAUGAGUGAAAUCAUUUGGUAUUUGUCUUUCUCUACCUGGCUUAUUUCACUGAGCAUAAUACCCUCUAGCUCCAUCCAUGUUGUUGCAAAUGGUAGGAUUUGUUUUCUUCUUAUGGCUGAGUAAUAUUCCCUUGUGUAUAUGUACCACAUCUUCUUUAUCCAUUCACCUACUGAUGGACACUUAGGUUGCUUCCAUUUCUUGGGUAUUGUAAAUAGUGCUGUGAUAAACAUAGAGGUGCAUCUGUCUUUUUCAAACUGGGCUGCUGCAUUCUUAGGGUAAAUUCCUAGAAGUGGAAUUCCUGGGUCAAAUGGUAUGUCUAUUUUGAGCUUUUUGAGGAACCUCCAUAAUUGUUGAACUAAUUUACAUUCCCACCAGCAGUAUAGAAGGGUUCCCCUUUCUCCACAUCCUCGCCAACAUUUGUUUUUGUCUGUCCUUUGGAUGGUGGCGAUCCUUACUGGUGUGAGGUGAUAUCAAAGUAUUUUUUAUACACUCAUUGAUUUAAACAUUUGAGAGACUUUUAAUGGAAAUAGAAAUCUGGAGCCUGCCAAGUAGCCUUCCUAUGUGAAGGCUGUAGAAGAAUUUCCGUGUAGGUGCAGAGGCUAAUGUCCUGCCCCCACAUCUUCCUGGAAAAGCCCUCUGAAGUCCUGUAACAGGCCAAGAGAUAGAGAAGUGUACAUGUAGGCCCACUGUCCCUUUUCCAGAACCCUUGGGGCCACCUGUGCUUUUCCCCCUGACAUUUCAUUAGAAUUUUAGGCUUGAAGAAAAAGUGUUUCCCUCACUGGCAGUGUUCUGUGGGUAUUGGCACCCCUCUGUGUCCCCUAGUUGAGGCCCUUUGCCCAGCUCUCCCUCCUGCCAGCCUCUCCCGCCCUCAGAGCGCAUUCACCCGAGCUGAGGGGGAGCCCUGCUGCCAUCUGGUUAAGUGGUCCGCAGGCUUCUUCUGCAUCUGAUCAGUGUCCUGCUAGUGUCCAUUUCCUGUUCUGGGAUCCCGUCCGGGACCCCAGGUUGCAUUUCGUUGUCAGAGUUCCUUCAUCUCCUGCGGUCUGUGGUGUUGAUCCGCCCUUCCUUGCCUCUUCAGUGCUUUUGUGAGUCCAUCACCCCAAGGUGCUGGGAUGUCCCUCCGCCUGCACCUGUCUGAUGCUUUCUCUUGAGUAGGCUGUGGGAAGGAAUUUUUGGAGCCAGAAGUAAGGUGCCCUUCCAUGGCAUCUUAUAGGGGUGCAUGCAAUAAACAUGACAGGUGAUGCUAACCUUGAUGGCUUAAGGUGCUGUCUGCCAGGUUUCUCCAUUGUAAGUUUGUUUUUCCAGCCAUAAUUAAGAAAUACUUAUUUUGAGGUAGAUAGUUUGAGAUGGUGUGCACAUCUCGGGUCUGCAAGACCAUCCUCACUUCUGAUACCAACUGCAAGUUAGAGGGUCUCCAGGACCACUCUUGGGUUCACUAACUCUCUAGAAGGGCUCAGAAGUCCCCGUUAGGGAUUGUUGCAGUGAAGGGUACUGCGUAAAGCCAGCCAAGUAAAGGGGGCAUGGGACAGGCUUCAGGAGAGUCCUGAGCUCUAAGUUCCUGGCUGGGGUUUCCCUGGAGCUGUGGACCGUGUUAACUUCUCCCAGUGUGUGACAUCACGCAGUACUGCCACUCAGGGCGCUCCCCCAGGCCUUCCUGUGCCGACGUGUAUCAGGGCAGGAUUGCAUAGAGGUGGCUGCCUGACCAUGUGGCUGAUUUAGUGUCCAGUGCUCAGAGGUCCUGCCGCCAUGACCCAACGCCCCCGCUGUAAGUCGCAUUAUCAGACUCCCUGGGAUGGCCCUAGGCCUGCGGGUAAACAGAGAUACAGCUGCCAGGCAGGCUGUUCCAAGGACCUUGGGAGCAGGGGGUGGGGGGCAAAGGCCAGGCCAGGCCAGGCCAUCCUUGGCAGGGUUAUUCCAUGUACCCUGUGGACACCCUUAAACCUCCCACGAAGUUAUCACUGAGGGGUGGGUUAGCCUGUGGCAGUGUUACUGUGCUGUUUAAUGGCAAUUUCAUUUUUCCUCAUUCUUGUACAUUUAUUAAUUAGAAUUCUUCUGUAAGGAAGAGCUGCCCUCUAUUCAGUUACAACAAUACAAACUCAAAAAUAUUUGUUUCAUCCUUUAGGUUAUUAUAAUGAAUACUGGAUCAUAAUCAAUAUCAUCAGUACUUAUUUUGCUGCUUACGUUGUUCCAGCUUUGGGCCCUGGCAGCUCUUUUGCUUGGAUUCUUGUGUCCUUUUGAUGGGACCCCGUGUUUUCCUUUGUGGGGGGCAUUUCCUUCCUUGUACUGCCAGGCUCAUCUUGCGUCACCCCUGCUGCAGCCCUGCUCCUCCUAUUGAAGGGUGGUGUUAGGAACUGAGGUCUGGGCGCUGGGGUGCACUUGCUGCCCAUUGCUCCCGGGGCAUCAUGCCGUCUAGGCGCUGUCGGUGGGCAGCGCUAGGAAGUACAGUUCCAUAAGGCACCCUUUGGAGAGUUUGCUGGUUUGUCUCCACACCGCUGCAUAAAGUGAGUAUCACUGUAAAGCGAGUUAAGUGAGCGUUUUGGCUCCUGAGCACGUGGGAAGGUUCGGUACGUGCUGUACUGUAGUCUGUCAUGUGUGCAAUAGCAUUAUGUCCAGAAGACAAUGUGCACACCUCAAUGAAAAACGCAUUAUUGCCAAGAAUGCUGACCAUCACCUGAGCAUUCAGGGAGUCAUCACUGAUCAUGGGUCACCAUAACAAACAAGGUGAGGCAGUUUGAAAUACUGUGAGAAUUAACAAAAUGUGACACAGAGACAUGAAAUGAGCAAAUGCUGUUAGAAAAGUGGCACGGGUAGACUUGCCUGAUGGAGGGUUGCCACAGACCUUCAGUCUGUAAACAAGUGGUACCUGCAGAGAAAAUGAAGCACAAGCAAAGUGUGCCUGUGUAUUAGCCGUGCUUGCUGUGUUUUGAAUCACAGUAUUUCACAUUUUAGCAUGGUUAUGUGGUAUGUAUGUUCUGUCUUAACAUGUCCAGUUACUAUGUCAGUACUGUGUCAGUGGGAUGUAUUCACUUAACUGGGAUCAGACAAGACUGUAAACAGCUUCACAGGAGCUUGGGUCAGGUGUUGCUGCUAAAUUAUUUUGGUUCCAACUGGGAAAAAUGUGAGUUUUGGAACUCUGGGUUUUGAGAUUGUGAUUAAGGGAUUGUGAUUUAACAAGUCCAAGAAUAGAAGGGUUAUGGGCCUAUUAGUGGAAUUAAGUCAUUUAAACAUUCGGGACUUUAUUGUGUGUGUAGUUAAGUGCAAAGUGUACAUGUUGAUUCUUAGAAAAUUUGCAAUCUGAGUGAUUGGAAAUAGAAGAUAUGGUCUAAAAUCCAUGACGUUUUCCAUUGGGUCACUAUUGAGUGUAGAAAAAAUAAUGUGCCAGUUUCUUUAUCUUUGGUAUCAAGGUUCUCCCCUCAAAAAAAACAAGAAUACUUUUAUGAAUAUAAAAAGUGAAGAGAAACUUCUAUUUUUCAAGUUGAGAGUUAGCAAAAUAAGCUUUUUAAAAAAAUAUAACAAACUUAAGAAUUAAAAAUGAGUGUGUACUUUUCUGCAAGGGGCAGGGGAAGGAAAGAAAGUAGAAUGCUUACUGGAAGAGAUAGUCGGCAGCAAAACAUGGAUCUGUGUGACAGUAAAAGUGGAAGUGAGCGUGACUCCCCCGACUUCCCUGAGUCAGAAAGCAGAACCCCAGCUACCAUGUCUAGAAGAGGCACAUCCUAGAUGGAAAUACUUAAGAAGCUUAAAAUUAAGAUAAAACAAGAAGCAAACAAAAAUCCUACUCAAGGUGAAUACUGAUUCAGAAGUGCAGGAUCUAGAGAAAACAGUAGGAGCAGAGAAGACCUCCCCUGUUUUUGGUUGUGUUUCACAUGUACUCAGCAGAAGUGUAAGAUGGGUUAACCUGUAUGUGAAUGUUCACAUGGAACCUUGCAACUUUAUACUGUAUGUAUAAAGUAAAAACUGAUGGAAAUCUAGGAGAAUUGGAUAAAUAAAAAUGUAGCAAUAUUGGAAGUAAUUAAAUAAACUCAUUACUGCAGAUCAAGCAGAAAAAAUAACAUAUGAAGGAUGUUUACAAUGGGAUUAAUAAAAAGUUGACUUAAUAGAUUUGCCUGCAUGAUCGUGGAAUGUUUUUAUAGAAAUGAGGCUGUCAGGAAAACCAUAACAAAACCUCCAGGCAAAGAAAAACAAGCAACUUGGCAGUGCAUGUUUUUUACUACAAUGUAAAAUAGAAGGUAAAAAUUACUUGGAAAACAAAAGAGAACUCAAACUCCUGGGUGAAAGAAGAAAUAAAAGCUAAAUUAUAAAUUCUUGUAGAAAAAAAUGGAUAGUUGUGUGGUUCUGAGUUUGAACUCCUAGGCAAGCAGCUCUCUGCUUCAGUUUCUCCUGUAAGAUGGCAAUAAAGCACCUACUUGGGAUUCUCAUGGGGAUUAAAUGAUACAAUACAGUUAAAGUGCUUAAAAGCACUCCAUGUCAGCCAGUUAUUGUGUGUAAAGGGAUGUGGCUGAAGCUAGAUGCAAGUGUAUGCUGUGAAUGCCUUCUAAUUCAAUAAGAGAAAAGCUAAUGGAAUAAGUUGGUAUUUCAAGAUGGAAAAAGAACGAUCUGAGAAGAGUCAGAAAUCUGGAUUUUGAUACUUAAAUGUGACAAUGUGUUCAGUAUUUUAAAAUACACUGUGUGUGGGCCAAACAAAACAUCCUUAGUGGAUACAGCUCCUAGCCUGCCAGUUUCUACCCCUGUCUGAGAAAUUUUACCAAGAAAAAAAGAAAAGCACAAGCAGAUUCCACAGAUUGAUGUAAAUUGUAUGUUAAUAAAUUGGGAGUGCUUGCCACAAAAUGCAUAAUUUUCCAGGAAAACAGAAAUCACCAUUAUUCAAAAAUAAGGUUAGAAACAAUUCCACAGCCCUGCAUGAAGUUAGUAUUUCAGGGAUUGCUCAGCGCUUAUACAGGUUGUGCUCCAUGCAGUGUGCACAGUAAAUGGUGUUCCAGAGCUCUCUGGAAAAUGGGGUGCUCCCCGUGGUCUAGGUACCAGAGGCUGACUAGGGUGCCCCAAACAGAGGGCUGUGAGUGAUGAUUUCUGAACACAGAUGGGCAGUGUUCUCAGUAAAACACACUUAGUGCCUGGCAAUGUGUAUAAUCUGAUAUUCUGACCAAAUGAGUUUUUAAUCAGAAUGGUUUACUGUUAGGAAGUCUGUUACUCCACUUACCACAAUAAUAGGUCACGAAGGACUUUAUAUUUCUCAGUGGAUUCUGUAUUAAUUUAAAAAGUUUAUGUCUAUCACUGCUGGAAAUAGGAAUGUAAUAAACGUUUUGUAGCCCAAACUGAGCCAACAUCAUACAUAGUGGUUGUACACGCACACCGGCUACUCUUGACACUGUUGCCAUGGAUGCUUAAUGUUGCCCUGAGGUUCUUGCCAUUGAAAUAAACCAAAUAAACCAAGAAAAGAUAAGAUGGACCUGUAGGAAGAGACAAGCAGUAGCUCAGAUGAUCUUGACUGUUUAUUGGGAAACCCAAAAAUCAACUAAACAGUGAUUAGGACUUAUGAGGUAGUUAAAUGACCUUUUUAUAAACUAAAUAUAUGACCACCAGGAGUGUCCUCUGUGACAUCAGUAGCUGGUUAGGAAAUACACUGGAGAAAAUACCUCAUUCACAAUAGCAACAAAAGUUAUGAAAUACCCAGGAGGAACGUUCACAAAUGGGCAGGACCUGAAAACCCGACUGGGAGAGAAGAGCGAGUGCCCCUGAAGGGGUGACGCCCUCCCACGGUGCAGGGCCGGGCCCUGGGGGCCCUGCUCGUGUUCCGAGUAGAGGUGGGGCAAGAGCGUCCCACCAACAAGGAGAACGGUGGGGCGGAUAGGAGAGGUGAGCAGGGGAAGAGUGUGGUGGCUUCCCGUGUCAGGCAGGCAGGCCGGCGGUGGCCGCACAGACAGGGUGGUGCUUGACGAGGUGGCCCGAGGGCAGAGGACAGGCCCGGGCCCCUGGGCGUGAGGGCCUGGGCUGAGGCGCUCAGCAGACGCUUGUGUUGCCCGAGUGACUCACCCCAGGCCGGCGUUUUCUGGAAGCAUCAGAGCCAGUGAGAAGCUAGAUGGUUCAGGGCCUUGAGGUCGUUGGUGGAACUUCGUCUUUCACUCAGGUGGGAGGAAAUUAAAGGCAUAAUCAGGAGAGUGACAUGAUACUUUUAAAAGGAUCAUUCUAGCUGCUUCUCUGAAGAGAAAGCACAGGGGCAAGGAGAGCAGGUCAAGGUUUCUUGGUCCCCCAGCAGGAAGACGAGUGGCUGCGGUCUGUGGUGCCUGCGUGGUGGGGAGAGGUGGAUGAACUCUGGGCCUGCCUAGACCUAGGCGACAGCCAGCGAGAUGUACCGACAGCUGCGGGGCCACGAAAGGAGGAAGGCAUCGCGGGCAUGUGGGCUCUUCCCAUUUAGACUCCCAGGAGGCUUCAGAGCAUUUGUGUAAGAGCCUAGGGGCGAGGAUUCCUAAGGAAGCGUGGAAAAACCAGCCUCAAGGAUCUGCACGGCUCAGCAGGACAUCUCACAUAUCCAGCUAUUAAAUCUGGUGGUACCAGUGCCUCACAGGCCGGCACACUGACAGCUGAGGCCACGCUCCUGUGUGUGUAAAGCUGUAUCUUCAGGUUACUGGCAAAUGAGUGAUGGCCUUUCAGGGAAAAAGAUUAAAAUUCCAAAAGGUGAAAGAUGUAAGGGUUUUUCUAAGCAUAGAAAGCACGAUAAUAGCCAACACUUUGUCCUCUUCCCUGUGCCUUACUGUGUCAGCUCGCAUGUAACCCUCGCGGUAAUCCAACAAUAGACGCUCGCUCCAGCCCCUCCUCUUCAGCUGCACUGCCGAGGCCGCCCGCCCCAGCUUGCACACCACUGGCACAGACGCCAGAGGGGCGCGCAGACCCGGCCUUGAAGGUCAGUGGGCACUACAAGGUUUCUAAAUGAGCAGAAACAGUGUGAGACUGUAAGAAAGCUGAAUAACCCUGGAGAAGAACGGAUAUGGGGCUUGAGCAAGUGCCGUGCAGAAGGUGGCUCCCCAACUAAGAGGAGGUGUCUUCCCCACCGUCAGAGCGCACUGGGUGCUCAGAGGAGGAAGUCGGCCGGCACAGGUGCGUGGCCUCGCGCUCUGCAGCUGAGCACCUCACUGGGGGCCGAGGGUCACUUGGUAAUGUUUCCAAGAGCCAAAAAAUAUGUGUCGUGUUCAGUCUUGCUGUCACAUUCAUGGAAUUUAUCCCAAGAAAACGUUGCUAUCUAUGUAAAGGCACGUGCAGCUGCCGCUCAGUGCCCAAGUGUAUUAUUAAAUGUUUAUAACUCAGAUGCGCACCAAUAAAGCUGCAUACUUUGUGCA